AUGCCUCAAAAUCCUGACUCCGUAGAAAUUGAUAGCACUCUUCAGGAUGUCAAAUUUUCAGUAUCAGUAUUUUGUGAGGAUGUUGAACUGUCCAAAAAGCCUAAAACUAAAAGAGGAGUGGAAUGGCUCUCAGAUGAAACAACAAAAAAGAGUUGUUUCAGUAAAGGAAAAACGGAGGAGGAAUGUCAGAAUUAUAUUCGUGUCCUCCUCAUAAAUAGCAACAGGAUCUUCACCUGUGGCACAAAUGCAUUUACUCCAAUAUGUACCAAUCGGACGCUAACUGACUUGACAGAAAUCCAUGAUCGCAUCAGUGGCAUGGCUCGCUGUCCAUACAAUCCUCAACACAAUUCCACUGCUCUCAUUACAUCCACUGGAGAACUGUAUGCUGCCACAGCCAUGGAUUUCCCAGGGAGAGACCCUGCCAUCUAUCGGAGCCUGGGAGGGCUUCCUCCUCUGCGCACUGCUCAAUACAACUCAAAAUGGCUGAAUGAGCCAAAUUUUGUGUCAUCCUAUGACAUUGGAAACUUCACCUAUUUCUUUUUUCGGGAGAAUGCAGUGGAACAUGACUGUGGAAAAAAUAUUUUCUCCAGAGUGGCCAGAGUGUGUAAAAAUGAUAUUGGAGGGAGAUUUCUCCUGGAGGAUACCUGGACAACCUUCAUGAAAGCUCGACUAAAUUGUUCUCGUCCGGGUGAAAUUCCUUUUUAUUACAAUGAGCUGCUAAGCACUUUCUUUUUACCUGAGCAAGACAUGCUGUAUGGAAUCUUCACCACUAAUGUGAAUAGCAUAGCGGCUUCAGCUGUCUGCAUGUUUAACCUGAGUGCCAUUACUCAGGUUUUUGCUGGGCCAUUCAAGUUCCAGGAGAAUUCCCAUUCAGCAUGGCUGCCUUUUACCAAUCCUAAUCCUAACUUUCAGUGCGGUACUAUUGAUUCCGGUCCUUAUGCGAAUCUCACAGACAGGAGCCUCCAGGAUGCUCAAAAGUUUAUUCUUAUGCAUGAAGUAGUGCAGCCCAUUUUUCCUAUGCCUUUCUUCAUGGAAGACAACAGUCGGUUUUCCCACAUAGUGGUGGAUGUUGUGCAAGGAAAGGACAUGCUCUUCCAUGUUAUGUAUUUGGCCACAGACUAUGGAACUAUUAAGAAAGUUCUUGCCCCUGUGAAUCAAAGUGGGAGUGGUUGUUUGUUGGAGGAAAUAGAACUCUUUCCAAUCAAUCAAAGAGAGCGUGUGAGGAACCUUCAAAUCCUACACAGUCAGAGUGUUCUGUUUGUUGGACUACAGGAACAUGUGAUAAGACUCCCACUGAAACGCUGCAGUUUUUACAGAAGUCAGAGUUCAUGUGUGGGAGCUCGAGACCCUUACUGUGGUUGGGACUUGGUCUUAAAGAAAUGCACAACAUUAGAAGAAAGCAUGAGUAUGACCCAGUGGGAGCAAGAAAUCAAUUUGUGCCCAACAAGAAACGUGACUACGGAUGGUAAUUUUGGAGCCUGGUUGCCAUGGAAAUCCUGCAGCCAUGCUGAUGGUAAUACCAUCGGGUUAUGUACCUGUAGAACUCGUCUGUGUGAUAGUCCAUCUCCACAGUGUGGAGGCCGACAGUGUGAGGGUGCCAGUGUGGAGGUUGCAAACUGUUCUAGGAACGGUGGCUGGACCCCUUGGACACUGUGGUCUCCUUGCAGUACCAGUUGUGGAAUCGGGUUUCAGGUCCGACAGCGGUCUUGUAGUAACCCAACUCCUCGGCAUGGUGGACGUGUCUGUGUGGGACAGAACCGUGAAGAGCGGUAUUGCAAUGAACAUCUUCAGUGCCUUCCACACACAUUCUGGACGCCUUGGGGUCCAUGGGAACGCUGCACCGCACAGUGUGGGGGAGGUGUCCAGGCCCGCAGGCGAACAUGUCAGAAUGGUAAUGACUGUCCAGGCUGCAAGAUGGAAUACCAACUUUGUAAUACUAACCUGUGCCCUGAACUCAAGAAGACCACUCCUUGGACCCCUUGGACACCUGUUAAUAUCUCGGACAAUGGAGGUCAUUAUGAGCAGAGAUUUAGAUACACAUGCAAGGCACGCCUGGCUGACCCAAACUUCCUGGAUGUCGGCCGUCAAAGAAUAGAAAUGCGUUACUGUUCUAGCGAUGGAUCAACUGGCUGCUCUGCAAGUGGUGGGUUUUCUGGAAGUAUCUUACGGUAUGGGAGACCUUCUGCUUACUCAGUCAAUGGUGCUUGGUCUGCCUGGCUACCAUGGACACAGUGUAGCAGAGACUGCAGCAGGGGAAUUCGGAGUCGAAGGCGAAUGUGCAAUAAUCCAGCGCCAAGAAAUGGAGGGCUUCCCUGUUUAGGACAAUCAUUGGAAUAUCAGGAGUGUAAUAUCAUGCCUUGCCCAGUGGACGGUGCUUGGUCCUGUUGGUCUCCGUGGUCAAAAUGCUCUGUCACCUGUGGGGGUGGACAUUACAUGAGAACACGCUCCUGCAACAAUCCUCCACCUGCAUAUGGGGGAGACAUCUGUCUGGGUCUUCAUACUGAAGAAGCAUUGUGUAACACACAAGCCUGUCCAGAUAAUUGGUCAGAGUGGUCCAGGUGGUCAGAAUGUGAGGUAUCGGGUUCACAACAUCGCACUCGUCACUGUAAAAUCUUAUUUCCUGUUGGUUACCAGUGCUCUGAGAAUAGCAGUGAGAGCCGAACCUGUGUCUUUGACACCAAUUUCAUUCCUGAAGUGAAUAUUGCCAAGUCCACCUCGGGUGACAGAAGAUGUGGUGAAUUCAACACUUUCCAUAUGAUUGCAGUGGGAUUGAGCUGCUCUAUCUUAGGCUGUCUUUUAACAUUACUUGUGUAUACCUAUUGCCAGCGAUAUCAACGGCAGUCCCAUGAUGCCACUGUCAUCCAUCCAAUUUCUGCAGUUCCCCUCAACACGAGCAUCACAAACCAUGUCAAUAAACUUGAUAAAUAUGAUUCGGUGGAAGCAAUUAAGGCUUUCAACAAAAACAAUUUGAUCCUUGAGGAACGAAAUAAAUACUUUAAUCCACAUCUUCAUGCAAAAUCUUUUUCCAAUACCUAUUUCACAGACUUCAAUAUGUAUGAUGACUAUUAGAUUGGUAAAUUGCUCAACGCAGACUUGCCUACUGAUUAAAGAUCCCUCUUUUCAGUCUGGAUUGGAGAUGAGGCUGCACUAAUACCUACAAACUUUUGUCCCUGCCUUUUGCCUGUCUAAAACAUAAACACCAAUGACAACGCUUGAAAGGAUCAAACACAGAAAUGAAUUCCAGCUAAGUUGGAAUUUAGUUGCUCUGUUCUGCUGUGCUAGAACUAAGGACUGUACCUUCUAUCAAAGAAGUUUAUCUUGCAGUGACUAAAGAAACACAAACAGUGCCUGUGGACAGAAGAUCCUCAUUUGCUGAAUUUUGUGCGUUUGUGUUUUCACCAGUCCUAUUCAAUUAUAUAAUAAAGCAAUGAGAACAUUAAAAGUCAGCUCAGAUGUAUGCAGUGCAGGGCUGGGAAGCAUUCCCUAACAAAUGGAGUUUCUGAGCUGUCCCAAUGAGACUGUUGCAUUUUCUGUCGUAUGUGGUCAGGAAUGUUCAGCUGUAUUGACUGUCUGUCACUUCAUGCCAUUCCAAAGACCCUGCCAAUUGCAACUUGUAGAGCAGCAUCUGUUCUUUUACAUUAUUUUUAAGAUAGUUAGAAGGUAGACCUUAAGCGCAUCUGUGUUCUUGUCUUUUUUCCAGGUAAUCUCCAUUGUCUGUCGUGUACUUAUUGACCAGUUUAAAUUCACUGUUUGAGAACUCAGACAAUCAUGAAAUAUUUUCAGUGUGAGAUUUACAAAACAGUAAAUAACUGACUGCACAUAUGAAUAGUACAAAUGAUUAACUAGGUAUGUUUAGCUCGUUAGCGAAGUCAAUGCCCACUGUCAACAGCAUUAAUAAUGGCAAUUUUUUUAAAAAUAGUGGCUUUUGUACAGAGCCCAUUAGCUGUGAAUAUUUGCAGCUUUUGCAGAAUCUAAGCUAUUAAUUUAUCCUGUUCUUGCUUUGUGUGUUGAGUUUCUUUGUUAAUUACAGAUUUAAAUGGUUUCUCACAACUCAAGUCUUCUGCAUGUGAUAUAUUACAAUAGUUAGAAAGUUAUUUUCUGCCUGAUGUUUGAGAUUUAUAAAGCUGCUGUCAGCUAUGUACAGUUAUUUUGCCAAAUUUCUAGCUAGAGCGGGUUGCAAGAUUCAAUUCCUUUAACAAAUGAAUUACCUGAUUUUGAAAACCAUGAGAUAUCAAUUGGCAUUCAUCAUCCACUAUCUAGGAUAUUUGACCAUUUGUGAAUGUCUAGUUUCUUCUAUUAACACUGCUUCAAGUAUUCACAUUGGAGUCUCACAGAUUAGUGCAAUCUGUAAUCUGUUUAUUUUAACUGGGUUAAUAAAUGUUUUAAAUAUUUCAUAUCGAUAUUUUAUAUGAAAGUGUUAGGCAGCAUGCUGCCAGAUAUCAAACUCUAAGCUAUUUGUCAUAAUUUGAAAAGAUAAAUGUCAGCAAAGUCAGAACAGCAAUUGAAACAGGCUGUGUUUAUUUUUCCCCCUGUAACAGCAUAUAAUUUAUGGCAUUUUCCUCCCUAAAAGUCUGCAAUGCAAAAUGGGCUAAAAUAGGCAAUUUUAUUACAAGUUCAGACAGUAGCAUUUCCUGCCUAACUUCAGCACCAAUCCGCUAAUAAAAUCACAUUGUAAAAUAAAGAAAAGUCACACUCUAGAAUACUAAUCUAUCUCUAACCAAUCUUUAUCUUUUCUGUAUUUCGAUUGAGCAACAUCUGAAAUUCCAAAAUUUAUGGUUUUAUUUUUUGUCAGUCCUUGAAUACUUGAAAGUGUAACUGAUAGACGUGUAUUUGAAAAAAAAGUGAUGUGCAUUAUUUGUACCUUACUGCUGCACCAAAUGCAGUCUCAGUGAACUAUUUGGCAUGGUUUAUGCAGUGUUGUCGUUAAAUGGUUUUUAACAUUGAAGUAAAUGUUUGGAAGUAGCAUGUUCACCAUGCAGUGGGAGCUAUAUUUGAAGUGGCCUCAGAGAUUAGUCCUGUACAUUUUUUUAAAAGAAAGAAAACUGUGCAGGGAGUGAUGACCUCCACACUUUAUUUCCCAAUGUACACCUCAAUUCUCAUUAAAUUUUGUUAUUAGCACCAACUUGUAAAAUGUAUCCAUAUGACCUGAGAAACAAUAAGUGGACCAUCCACCGCUGUAGGCAAUGCAGAAGAACACAACUAAUCUGCAAAUAGCCUUUCAGAAAAAACAAAGCAGCAUGUUAUAUGAGAUAACAAGAAAUUCAGAAAUUUCUGGAGAAGGGUCCAGACCCAAAACGUCAGCUUUCCUGCUCCUCUGAUACUGCUUGGCCUGCUGUGUUCAUCCAGCUCUACACCUUGUUAUCUCAGAUUCUCCAGCAUCGGCAGUUCCUACUAUCUCUGAAGCAGCAUGUUAUGUUUUGUCCAAGAUUUGUGAGUUUCAGGGUGAUUCGGGAUGAGAGUAAGGGUAUUCUGGGGGAGGUGAAAUUUAGGUCAGAUGCUAAAAAAAAAAAUCCUUUACUACAGAAAGUAGUCAGCAGAUAGUAUAUGGUUUUAGUAAUAUGAUUGAGACAAUGCAAAUGGUUGAAAGGCCUUCUUUGUCUGAACCAAUCUGUGAUGUUGGCAUCCUUCAAAGUCCUACAUUUGUCAGGUUCAUUACAGCAUCAUUCGUUACAAGUGAAUGAGGCAUUAGCCAGUAAUGAAUAUUUCUAAACUAAAAGAGGACAUUCAAACCUUUAUCAAUGUCAAAGAAAACAAUAUCUCACUGUAGCGUGUUCUGAUGCAAAAGGAAAAUUCUAGUUUUGAUAUUUUAGUGAGACCUACUUCACACUUUUCAGAAUUCUUAAGAGAAAUAUUGGCAACAGUUGGGGGUUAAAUUUAUUAAUAGAAGAUGAAAGAAUAUCUGCUUCAAUCUUAUUUAACAUCUGCCUGCUAAAAACAUUCCUAGAAAUGAAAUUUUAGAGUCGUGUAAUUCUACAGUUUCAUUCAUGUUAUUAAGUAAGGAGUUGUUUAUUUUUUACUGAAAUAAACAGGAAUUUAAUUCCCAUUAAUAUGACUAAGAACUUCUAGAUGCUAAUUUCUUCACAAUUUUAGUUGUAUGAAAUAGCUUCAGGAUGAUUUUACAUGAAUAACUGUUACAAAAGGCUGAAGAUUGUACAGAAUGAUGCAAUAUAAAGUAACGAUAUUAUGGAUGAAAGUCAGGAGAACGUGAUUAAUUGACUGAGCAAGUGUUAUUUUUAAAAGUUUUUUAAAAUAUUCUUUUAAUUGUUGAUUUAAUAUUUUAAAUUCUGGUAGUUUCCUGUCACGAAUUUGAUUUUUAUCUUAGCUUUUACCCAUCAUUAAAUAUUAUCAUUAAGUUAACUAUUGUUAAGUGAUUAAGCUCCAGAGGUGCUAUGGUCUGUAUGUAAAUGAAGAAAACCCCCGUAGAUAAUCCCAAAUAUUAUGUUUAUUGAGAGUAUUUUUGGAGAAUCCUUGCUGAGGCAAAUAAUCAUCUGAAGAGUUGAAGCUUAUGGAAGCCAUUGGUAAGGGUUAGACAAAGGCAUUUCUACUUGCAAUGCCACAUGUACAAAUGUACCUAAUUAUUUGAAUCUAUGGAUGUUGGAUGAUGUCCUGCCAAAUCUGAAGGUGUUGCCAAUUAUUAUUGUUGGCUGUAUGUAUUGGCUACUUUUCAAGCAACUCCUUAAUCUGGCUUUAAUUAAGGCUACAAUCAGGUUAAAUUAAUUAUCAUAUUAAUUCCAUCAAAUGUUAUAGCUCUAAUUGUCUGAAUAUAUUAAGCAGUAAUUUCAGCUUUUCUCAUGUUCCAACUGAACAACAGAUUUACAAUUGCUUUCUAAUAUAACACAUUUUUCUUGGUUGGAACCUUUUUGCUGUGGAUAUUGAAUUAUUCACAAACAAAAUGUGCUACAUCAGUUGCCCUGUGCUCAGGUUAUAUUAGAACUUUAAGUGGGAAAUAGCAUGUUACUUAGUGGACUAAGUCUUAGCUUUCAGCAUUGCACGUUAAACUGGUAGGAGGAAAUUGAUGUCAGUAGAAGGUGAAAUUGGACAGGGGUGUACAUUAAGCCACCACUUUGUGACUGACACUGGAAGUUUUGCUUUUAUUAGUGACAGCAUUACUCUUAAGAUAUAUUGGAGAAAAACCUAACCAGUUUACAGUUUGUAUGGACCUAAUGAGCAUAUCAAAAAUAACACUUUUGGUGCCUUUGUUCAGAAUGACUGAUUUGAAAUCACAGCGACUACUAGCAGUCCCACUAUAAAAUUCUAAAUAACUUUCCAUAGCAUCAAAAGAAUGCUCAUGUUAAGUUGAGAACAUAUUUUCAAAAGGAAAAAUUACCAGAAUCCAUAGCUUUUGUUCCAAAAGUUAUAGUUUUCAAUUUCAAGCAACCUGUUUCUCAAAUGCCAAAUGAGCUAUUAUUUUCUUCGAUAGUUCAGAAACAAAGCCACUAGUGAGCAGACAAUGCAUUGAAUUUGGAACAGUUCCUUCAAGAAAAAAUGAUUUGAGCAAAAUUAAUGAAAUGUUCAUAUAAAAAGGCACUGUGCUGGUUUUCAGAUGUAAUAUUCCAAUAUAAAACCUCCCUUGAAAAAGAUAGUACUCUAGAUUGGGCAGCUUGGCAGUUGCAACAGUUGAGCUUCAGGUGACUAUUUAUUAAGAUCAUUUUAGAAUCACUGAUGAUUUUUGUUUAUGGCUUGAUUUCUCAUGUGUUGGUGAAGUUUGCUAACUCUGUGCCAGAAUGCUGAAUCAGGCAGUGGAGUGGUCAAGUCCAGCUCUCAGGUGAUGAUUCUAGAUGCAAUCCUAUCCUGUAGAUGUACUUUCCAAUUAUGGCACUGACAACUCACCUUCCCAGUUAAGUGAGGAAAUUGAUUAAUGGUUAAAGCACCAGAGACCCAAUGGGUAGCUGUGGGAAGAAAUUGAGUAAGGAAAUGGUCUUUCCUUUCCCCUGAAUAAAUACCACUAGAGCUAUGUUUAAAAAACUUUGGGUGACUGGAAAAGUUUGCUGAAAAAUGGUAAAUGCUCUGUCCAUCAAGUGUGAUUUGUGUACAAUGUAAUAUGUAUUCAGUGUUUUUCAGCAUGUCCUCAUAAUGUAAAAUAAUUGUAUUAUAUUUUUGUACUUUAGCUCAGUGUAAAUAAUGUUUCUUCAACAAAAAACAUAUG